GGCAGAGACAGCAGCCGAAUGUGAUGCAGGGAGAGGAGGCUGGAUGAGGCUGCAGAGACAUUCGCAACUGCCGUCUGAUCUUCCAGGAAGCAACACAAGAUAAGACAGUGAGCUACUGAUCUACUGGGAAGACAGAAGACGAUAAGCAAUCGUAUUUCAUUCCCAGGAGCCCCCCACCCAGACAAGCAAAGCCAUGAAUUUCCUACGCAGGCGCCUUUCAGACAGUAGCUUUGUGGCCAACCUACCCAAUGGAUAUAUGAUGGACCUUCAGAGGCCAGAUAACUCCACAAGCUCCCCAGUCUCACCAGCCAUGGAUAGGAAGCAACAGCCUCCUCCUGCCCCAGUUUCAGCCUCCACAGGGGGAACCAGCCUCUUCAGCUCAAUCACCAAUGCAGUGAAGCAGACCACCCAAGCAGCUGCGGGGCUAGUGGAACAGACUGGGGCACCAGCAACCCCAGUAGUGUUAAAGCCCAAGGUUCUCCUGGUGAUUGAUGAUCCUCAUACAGACUGGGCCAAGUACUUCAGAGGGAAGAAGGUGAACAAGGACUACGAGAUUCGGGUGGAGCAGGCGGAAUUCUCCGAGCUGAACCUGGCUGCCUAUGUGAAUGGGGGGUGCAUGGUGGACAUGCAGGUCAUGAGAAACGGAACCAAGGUGGUCAAGUCCUUCAAACCAGACUUCCUGUUGAUCCGACAGCAUGCCUACAGUAUGACGCUUGGGGAAGAUUUUCGGAGUCUGGUGAUAGGGCUGCAGUAUGGGAACAUUCCCAGUGUCAACUCCCUGUAUUCCAUAUACAACUUCUGCAGCAAGCCCUGGGUGUUUUCGCAGCUCAUAAAGAUCUUUCAGAGGCUGGGUGCUGACAAGUUUCCCUUGGUGGAUCAGUCCUUUUUCCCUAACCACAAGCAGAUGCUGACGUCUGCAAGUUUCCCAGUGGUGGUGAAAAUGGGCCAUGCGCAUGCAGGAAUGGGGAAGGUGAAAGUGGACAACCAAUAUGAUUUCCAGGACAUGGCUAGUGUGGUGGCCAUGGCCAAGACCUACGUGACCACCGAGCCAUUCGUUGACUCCAAGUACGACAUCCGGAUCCAGAAAAUCGGGAACAACUACAAAGCCUACAUGAGAACAUCUAUUUCUGGGAACUGGAAAGCAAACACUGGCUCUGCAAUGCUGGAACAGAUCGCCAUGACUGACAGGUACCGGCUGUGGGUCGAUUCCGUCUCAGAAAUGUUUGGUGGACUGGACAUCUGCGCUGUAAAGGCCGUUCACAGCAAGGAUGGGAAGGAUUAUAUAAUUGAGGUGAUGGACAGCUCCAUGCCACUGAUAGGGGAGCAUGUGGAAGAAGAUCGCCAUCUAGUGGCCGAUUUGGUUAUUGCUAAAAUGACCCAACAAGUUCAUAUGACGUCUCAGGCAGCAUCUGUGGGCCGACCCCUGGCAGUGCCUCAACAGGUCCAGCCUCAAGCUAUAAAACCCCAGAUGCAGCCUCAGCCCGGACCCCCAGGCUCAGCUCAACCUCGACCUGCUCCACAAGGUGGCCCUCGCCAGACACAAGGCUCUCCUGCCCAGAGGACAGGGCCUCCAGCACAACCAAGACUUUCUCCCCAAGGCCAACAGCCUCAGACUUCACAGCCUGGCUCCCCACAGACACAACGCUCUCCUAAUUCCCCACAGCUCCCCCCCAGACCUGCAAGUGGAACCCCACCAUCCCAAACCCCCAAGUCUGUUUCCCCUCAGCCUUUAAGACCCCCUGCCCAGGGGCAGGCACAAAACCCACCAGGACCUGGGCCAACUGCAAAACCCCAACCCAUGCUCAACAAAUCCCAGUCACUGACCAACAAUUUCAAUAUCUCGGAUCCUUCCGCACGCAGCACUGGCAACGAAGACGAGGCGAAAGCGGAGACCAUCCGCAACUUGAGAAAGUCGUUUGCCAGUCUCUUCUCUGACUAAUCCCGAGCUCUGCUGUCUUCCUAUCCAAUCCACACCCUUGUAUAAGUCAGAAUCUUCCAGGCCUUCCUUCCAGGCUCCUUGUUAAUGUUGAAGGUCCUUUGAGUAUUUGAUUUGCACUGUAGGAGCCACCCAUGGUCUUCUGGGCCCAUUUCACCCAUAUCCAGACUAACUGCUCGCCGGAAGCCAAUCACAUGGCGUAUCCCAGUAUGUAUAACUCAGCUGUCCAAUGACUACCUUUUUUGGCCAUUAUCACUAUAACGCUGGACCAUGAAGCCAUUUUACCUGAAUAUGCACACAGACCAUUGUUCUUCAACCCAGAAAGCUCUUAUUUAAUGAUUUAAUGCAUUCCACGUAAUCCAGCAAGAACAUCUUGUAUGGCCAUGGUGCCAUCUUGUCGAUACAAAUUCACCACCAGGAUCUCAUUAUUAUAAACCAAGUUGCUACUCCUUGUUGCCUCAAAAGUAAAGCCAUUUUAGUGCAUUUGCUGCAAGAGUGUAGAGUGCUGAGGAAUCUUCCAAGAAUGCAGAGGAACUCCAGCUCAUUCCCCGUAGGGUUCUUUCCUUUGCCAUGGGCCAUAAUCUUGACCCUUCUCAUGCAAUUCAAGACCUUAUGCACUGGGACUAUGACUUCUUUGUAUCGUCAUGUUCUCCUACGCCGAUCACUAGAAAGCUACUAGCAUGUCUUCUUCUCCACGCAGCAGAAGGUAUAUCUUCUUCCAGCAGUUGGAACAUAAUAAUACAACGUUGCCUUCUACAUGGACUUAGAAGUCAUCAUCAUGCUUAGGGGUAUCAAUAAGACAUCUUCCAACCCUUAGGGUGCAACCAAUGUACCUGUCAGUGAGACAUCUUUCUUUACUGGGGCCAUCAUGCUUCCACAUUCCUGCACUGGUUUCUAUAGAUGUGUCUUUAGUCAUCCCAAGGCACAUUCAUAUUUGUGCUCCUCCUAAUAUCUUCCAUAACAGAGAUCCGCAUAUUCACUGGGACUAUUGUAUGGCUGGUACAAUCUUAGACAUUGUAGAGAACUGUUAAAACCAAUGAGUGAUGCCCCAGUAGACAUGGACACCACCUCCAGUAAGGUAACCCAAGGCAUCUUCCAAGCCUUUCUUUCAUAUUAGAUCAAAAAUCCUAGUUAAGAUAUACUAUAUGGGCAAAAGUAUGGGGCACCUGCCUGCCCAACAUCUCAUUCCCAAACCAAGUGAGUUAUUAGGAAGUUACCCCACUCCUUUUGCUGCUAUAACUGCCCUACUCUUCAGGGAAGGUUCCCACUAGAUGCUGAAACAUUGUUGCUGGGAGUUGCUUCCAUUCAGCUACAUGAUCAUUAAUGAGGUUGGGUACUGAUAUUGGGGGUAGAGCUCACAGUUGGGGUUCAAGUUCAUCUCAUAUGGGUUUGGUUGAGGUCAGAUAUCUGUGUAGUCAGGUUCUUUCCAGAUCAGCAAACCCAUUCUGUAGGACCUGGCGUGGUUCAUAGGGGUAUUCUUCUAUUGAAACAGGUAGGACCUUCCCCAAACUGUUCCACUAAGUAGAAAACAGGGAAUUGUCAGGAAUGUCAAUGUACCCUGUAGUCUUAAAGUUUUACUGGAACCAGGGGCCCAAACCAUAGAAACUGCUCCAGCACAUUAUUCCUCCUCAGAUGUUCUCCUGGGAUCUGCCAGACUCAAGAAGUGACAGUUCUGGUUGAGGACAUGGCACAUUAGAUAGAGUAUACAUUUGCCCAUAUAGUGACUGUUGCUUCAGGGACAGAGGUAAGUGUUUUUGGACUGCAGCACAAGCCAUUCUGAGCAUGGAGAGUCCAGUAAAAUGACUUCAAAGACUUGGCCACGGUUAAGACAUCUUAAUACUGUGGGAAUUCAAUAGACCGUAUAAAGCUGGAACACACAGAUGCACCUCAUUCCACAUCAGAUUAAAAUGUUUAUUCCAUGAGCGCUGGCUCCCGCAAA